GUAUUAYGGAUUAAAACCAUUACUUGACGAAGCACAUAUCAGAAUCAAAGAACUUGAAAUGGAAAAUGAUUUUUUUAAAAGGUCUAGAACUGUACAAGAUAAUACUAAAACUACCAUUGAUCAAWCUUCUAUUGAUCAUAUAAAGAAGACUUUUUGUGAUGUUCUUACUCAAACUCAAUCCAUAUUACAUUUAGAUAAGAAGACUGAAACUGAUCAAACACACCAUAAUUUGUAUGGUGCUGUUACAGAAAAUAUUCAAAACUUACACAAAACCAAUUCAGACAAAAAUCCUAUAAUCCUGACUCAAACUCAACAAAAUGUAUGUCUAGAAAAGGAUACUUUGAAUGAUGGUCAGGAGGUCGAAGACUGUGUUAAUGAGCUGAGUAAUGUAAAGUUACAACUAAAAAAGAUGAAAGGACGUAGCCAAAGUGUUGGUGGCGCUUUGUUAUCCGGAUCUGAGGCCAUUGCCCUUUGGAUGAUCGGCACAAAAAAGGUUCGUCUCUCAGAUCCCCUCUUAUGUGCAGUUAAUUUAUUGGCAUUUUAAUUUUGAUACGCAUGGGAGUUUAAGCGAGUUGUACAUUGAUCUAUUCUGGAUUGGAUUUUUACAAUAAAUUAUUUUUGUUUUUAUUACUAUCGUCUAUUGUUAAUUAAUAUUUUUAUUUGGCGAGUAGUUGAUGACGAUUUAGGACAACAAUAGGUUAGGUCAAUGAUAUACCUACAUUAUUUUAUAGUUAUUUUAAAUGAAUACAAUAAUAUUAUAUAAUACAAAACAAAUACAAGUCUUCUAUUUUUUGAUUUUUGUUAUUAAAAAUACAUAUUAAUCUUUUGAUCAUGAGUUAUUUAACUACAAUAGAACCGAC